AAGAGAGAGUGGGACGAGAUGGAGCUCCGACGAGGCCGUGGGAAGAGAUGACGAUGAUGGCCGUGGGAAGAGAUGGAGCUCCAACGAUGGCCGUGGGAAGAGAUGGAGCUCCGACAAUGGCCGUUCGAUGUCCGACAGGCGACAAUGCUUCUGGUUACCACAUCGUGUUCAAUCUGCAGCAGAGCUUCUCUCCUUUUCGUUCACCAAAAGUGAUCAGAGCAAGUGUCCCUAAGCUGCUUCUUGAUUAUGUCUUCUCUGCUUCAUCAAGCCACCACCGGUGCUUCUCUGCUUCAUCAAGCCUCCACCGGAGCUUCUCUGAUGCAACGGAUCCAAGUCCAGAACCUCCUGAAGCAAAAAUAAACUGAGAGGAAAUCUGUUGAGAGGCUUGUCCCAUCUUCAUCAGCUUUUUCUUCGCUGUAAGAUUAGUUUGAUCUCACUUGACUCUCAUCAUUGUUUUUCUGUGCGUUCAAUGAUUGAUGCUUUUGUCUACAUACAGAUCAGGAACAUGGCUGAGAAAGUACCGUCAUUUAAAACCAGUGGAACUCUUUGGUUUACGAUCUCACCACCGCAUAUACUACAUAUAUCUUGCCAUUAAGACCCGCGCCUUGAUAAUUAAAUUUUUCUUGAUAAUCAAAUUGUCCUAGACACGUAUACAUACACGCAUUUUCCUUGAUAAUUAAAAUAGCCCUUCAUGGUAUUGUGCUUCAUGGUAUACGUAUACGUACACACAAUAAAAAAAAUUGUCUUAAGUGAAUGAAAUAGACUUUGCUAUGAUCAAGUCAUUCUUGUUUGGUGUUUGUUCCUGCAGAAACUCAUUCUUGUUUAUGUUUGUUCGUGCAGGAAGAAGUAAACAGUGUAAUAUCCGAUAUCCCGCGGGACGGUCCGCAAAGGCCUACAAAAAAUGCGUUACAGGAUUGGGCAGCUAUUUUCAGAACCGCAUCCUGCGCAGGACAGGCCCGCCGUGUCCCGCCCGAAGACAAACCCGCAGCGGUCCGGGACGGGACGGGAGAACCGAAUUGACAUCUCUACUAACGUGGCAGCUUCUGCUGGUUAACGUAUGAUUAUUACCGUACAUGACGUGGCAGAAAUCUAAUGGCUUAUCAGUUAUUAGGUCUGAACUAAGCCGAGCGUCUUUAAAAGACUACAAAUUUAAGCGUUUUUCCCAAAUCAUACGUAUAUUGAUACAACAAAUAUGUUACCAAUGAUUUUUUUUUUUUUUUGUGAAAAUAACAUGUUAGCAAUGUUAGUGGCU